GGACGAGCACACACGCACACCCUCUGUCCCCAGACCUCCCCCUCACCCGCCCGGCCCAGCACCCCCAGGGGCGCGCACCUGGCCGCCUCCCGGCAAGGACACACCCCGGGGGGAGGAGCUGCCGUCGCGGUGGGGCCCAGCCCACACCGGCUGCGAGCUCCCUUUCCGCUUCUUCGCUUGCCCCGGGGGAUCGACAUGGCCCAGGAGCGUCCCAGCACCGCCCUGGAGCCCCAGCACGUCCAGCGGUUGCUGCUGUCCUGCCAAGAGGCCAAGAAGUCCGCUUACUGCCCCUACAGCCGCUUCCCCGUGGGGGCCGCUCUCCUCACCGGGGACGGCACGAUCUUCUCGGGGUGCAACAUCGAAAAUGCCUGCUACCCGCUGGGUGUCUGUGCUGAACGAACUGCCAUCCAGAAGGCCAUCUCGGAAGGGUACAAAGAGUUCAGGGCAAUCGCUAUUGCCAGUGACUUGCAAGACGAUUUUAUCUCACCCUGUGGGGCUUGCAGACAGGUCAUGAGAGAGUUUGGCACCGACUGGGCUGUCUACAUGACCAAGCUGGACGGCACGUAUGUUGUCAGGACGGUCCAGGAGCUGCUGCCUGAAUCUUUUGGGCCUGAGGACCUGCAGAAGAUCCAGUGAGGGAUGGAGAUCACCCUCCGCCCGGGAGCCCCUGCGUUCCUACACGGGCUAAAGGGGACGACCACCCGGAGGACUUCAUGAAGACAUUCUCAGACCUGGGGACACCUGCCGAACGGGCCCCAACCCCCCGGGCACUAGGCAGAGACGAUUUUUCCAAUUAACACUCGAGCACCAGGUUUCUACGAAGUGAUACCGGGUUUCCCUUCCGGCCUCUCCUUGCAACCCAUCUCGUCCUCCCCGGAACUCAGGGCACCCCGUCUUUCUCUCUCCUUCCCGUGGGCCUUCUUUCAAAUUCCAACCUAGUCUGGACUGCUUCCCCAUCUGCCUUCCCAAGGUUCUGUCCUGCUCUGGGUGACUUUUCUAAUGAUAAACAUCACAAAACAUUCGA